GUUUGAUUGACAGCUGCCCUUGAGCUCCGGAGAGAAAUUAAUCGAGCGUGUUUGUUGCGGUGUGGAAAGAGUGAGGAGCGGCGGGGGAGCCUCGGGUUAGAGACCGCGGGGAGAGAGGACAGAGCAGCCGGCCGGGCGGACUCGGUAUUCGGGGAGGAUUUAGGAGCUCGGGCUGCUGGCCGGUGCUGGAGCUCCUCUGGCGGUGGAGUGGUAGUAGCUGAGCCGGUACACCGGCUGCUCGUGGCGGCUAGGGUUAGAUAAAGUUACCGCGCGGCGCUCGGUACCGCGGGGAGGAAGGAGCCGCUUUAAAACAGCGUGUUUAGAGGAGUUUCCCCCGGUUUUACCGCUGUUUCUCGGUAGUGUCGCUGUUUAAUAUAAUUACUGGGCUCCUGUGUGUCUCGCCUCAUGUCUCUGACCGGAUUAGUGCAGCCCGGCAGCCCGUGCGGGGAGUUCACCUGCAGGCGGGCGGAGUGAGCAUGAGGCGGGGAGAGGGAGCGAGGAGGACCCGCGGAUAGACCCGACCGGAGCUCAGCAUGGAGAUCAGGAGCAGGAGGAGACAGACCGAGAACGGGACUGAUCCAACUCCAGCACAGCCGCAGCUCCGCAUCAACGUGCCGAGCACUGCCAGAGAGAGAGUGCCCAGUGUGGACCCGUAUGGAUUUGAGAGAUCUGAUGAUUUUGAUUAUGAAUCUUAUGAGGAGCUCAUGUCUGAGUACCUGGCUGUACUUACCAGAAGAUCCAUCAAAUGGUCAAAAUUUCUGCAGGGGAGGAGUCGAGUAGAGAAGAAUCUGAAGGUAAAGCGAUACGUAAGGAAAGGAGUCCCGAAUGAACACAGGGCUUUGAUCUGGAUGGCUGCGAGUGGCUCCCAGGACCAGAUGGACAAGAACCCAGGCUACUACCACUCACUGCUACAGGCUCAGCAUGACCCUAAACUGGUGGAGGCCAUCCGUACAGAUUUGCACAGGACCUUCCCAGACAACGUGCAGUUCCGGAAGACCGCUGAACCGUGCCUGCAGAAAACCCUGUACAAUGUGCUGCUAGCCUACGGACACCACAACAAGGCUGUUGGCUACUGUCAGGGAAUGAACUUCAUCGCUGGGUACCUGAUCAUAAUUACCAAAGAUGAAGAAAAGUCUUUCUGGUUGAUGGAUGCUCUUAUAGGCAGGAUUCUUCCAGAUUACUACACACCAGCCAUGUUGGGCCUGAAGACGGAUCAGGAGGUUCUGGGACAGCUGGUUAAGGUUAAAGUACCGGAGGUGUGGCAGGCCAUGACUGAACACAAUGUCAUGUGGACACUGGUAGUGUCGCGCUGGUUCAUCUGCCUUUUUAUCGACAUCCUGCCUGUAGAGACGGUUCUGCGGAUCUGGGAUUGCUUGUUCUAUGAGGGAUCUAAGAUCAUUUUCCGCGUAGCCCUGACACUGAUCCGCCACAACCAGGCCCUCAUCCUGCAGGCGCGGAACCUUCCGGACAUCUGCGACCACUUCAAACAGAUCACCAAGGGAGCCUUCGUGGAGGACUGCCACACGUUUAUGCAGACUAUCUUCAAAGAACCUGGCAGCCUCCCAAUGGCAACAAUCAGCAAGCUGCGUGAGACAUGCAGAGCACAGAUAAUGGCGGAAGAAUCUUGACCCUGUCCCUGAUCCACCCACUUCACUCCAGACCAGAGGUGUUCAGUCUUAUCCACAAAGGGUCGGUGUGGCUGCAGGUUUUCAUUCCACCCAAGCAGAAGGCUCAGGUGUUGAAGAAUGAAAAUCUGAUUAAAUGAAUAAAAUCCGUUGUGCUGCUGCUGCUGAUGAUUGUUUAGUAUGAAAACCUGCAGCCACACCGACCUAACCCUACGGGUAAGAGUGACACUCCUGCCCUAAACCCUAAAGGCCUCUGCAUACGUCCUGCAAAACUAAAUUUGCUCAUAUUUUAUUUAUAUAUAUAUAUAUAUAUAUAUAUAUAUAUAUAUAUAUAUAUAUAUUGUAUAGACAAUAUGCUUUAAUAAGCAUAUCGAGGAUAUCAUCAGUACUUAAAGAACACUGACCCUACUGUAUGAUUUAUUACAUAAAGUGCAAAAGAUCCUGUUAAAUUGAAUAAUGUGUGGCAAAGAUUUUUUGUAUUAUUUUAUUUCACAUUUUUCCCAUUUUCUCCCCAAUUUUGUACGGCCAACCCACUCAUUAGGACUCCCCCUAUCACUAGUGAUGCCCCACUUUAGGAGGGUGAAGAUUAACACAUGCUUCCUCAGACACACGUGAAGUCAGCCACCGCUUCUUUUAGAGCUGCUGCUGAUGCAGCAUUGCCAAGAAAAACACAGCGACUCGGUUCUGAUACAUUAGCUCACAGACGCCCUGUGCUGUGGACAUCACCCUUUAGUGGUGUAGGGAAAGAGCACCAUCUACCCACCGGGAGAGAGCGAGGCCUCUCUCUGAGUGCCGGCAGCUUCAUGAGCUGCAUGAACGGGGGUUCGAACCUGCGACCUCCCGCUCAUAGUGGCAACGCUUUAGACCAGGAUGUGUGGCAGAGAUUGAAUGGAAAGUGCUGCACUGUGCAUGAAGGAGUAUUUGAAUAGCAAAGUAGGAGAAUCUGUCACUGCUGAUCUAUUUUGUCUGCGUGUUAAAACACGAUAAAUACUGUGUAUUGUAAAAAUCUCUUUAAAUAUUGAGAUCUAAUAUUUUAAAUAUUUCCCCCAACUCUAUCAGCAUGUGAUCAUGAACACCAAUGGCAAAUGCUAUACUGUCAAUAUUGUAAUUUGUACAUAGACUGAAAUUACGGAAUGUAUUCUUCUUAAAUAUUUUGUCAGUAUCCUCCAGUCCUACACAAAGCCAACCUUGUGAGCUUAGUAGCACUUUCUGAGGUUUCAUCUGCCUGUGUCCUACACUCCCAGCCUUUACUUUCCCCACUUGUCACAUUGUUCACCAGAAUCCAAGCAAACAUUAUCUCUGCAAGACGUCUGCUGAGGCCUUAACUCUCUAUAAAGCAUUCCAGACUCAUAUUUGCACUGUCCUGUAUUUCUUCUGAUACAAGAGACUGUUUAGAAGCUGUUAUUUAGUUUCUCUAUGACGUGAUAAUGAAACAGGGGACUGGGAACUGUUUUUACCUUUUUAGAUGUAGCCUGUACAGAGAGCUAGUACUCUAUGAUGAGAAAUUUGGGCCACUUGUUUUAGGCUUGUUUGUUUGUAGUUCCUAUAGUGUUUAGGCCCUUUUACACUAUGAGUAUGAUUUUUUUUUUUUUUUUUUAACAGAAAUCGUCUUUUUUGCAAACAUAUUGGAACCUUCGCACCAACUUCAAAGUGUUUUUUUGCUUUCUCUGCUCAGUAAGGAGGGCUCUGAUACAUUUCCACUGUUUCUUUUUCUCUGCUUCCUGUCUGUUUUUUUGCUCUCCGUAAAUGUGCUCCUCUACAAAAGUGCUCAUUAGCGAGUAAAGCUAUAGUUCCCAGUUCUUUUUGGGCGCAACCAGACUAGGAUUGAUCUAGACAAACUUCAAAAAAAUAAAUUAGUAAAUAUGUCCACAUGGGAGUCCAAUCCCAGUGAUCUUUUUACUGUAUAUGGUGGUUUUGCAAGUCUUAAAGAUUUCAGACUUUUUCCCAAAGUUUAUAAAGCUCUAUUUUUGGUAUCUUUGCACAUUUCUCUAUAUGGACCCUUUUGUGGGUCUGUGGGAUUCUGAUGACUGUUGUAAAACUACUGUGAACUGAAGGGUCCGGUACUACUGUGUGCACUAUGGCUUAGAUUGUUCUUUAUUACAAGGGCUUUUGUCAGAUUCAAGCAAGAACAUGUAUAAUGUGUGUUACGAUUCGACACAGUUGUCUCACCUGUAGAAUGUGUAAAAUCUGCUCUUGUAAUAUGAACUCUUUUAUAGAAUUAAACGCUUCCAUUCUGAUA